CAAGCACGAGGCAGCGUACACCGCGUCUUUAUAUGGCCAAAAGAUUGCACAUGCGUUCGAGAAAGAGUCAAUUCUCCAAUGCCGAGGAUGCUUCUGAAGGAUUCCAAAGCUCGGAGUUCAAACUCGGAACUCCGCGCUAUCAACACUUAGCUGCCCUGUACUGCCCUGAAGACAGCUGAGGUCGUCAAGAAUCAGGAUGUCUGAUACUACGCCCAAUACGCAAGUUCGAACAGUUCACGUCAAACGCCGAAAUGGCAAGUUACAGAGCUGCGAGCCAUGUCGCGUCCGGAAGCUGUCCUGCGAUCACAGACUGCCAGCGUGUACAAGAUGUAUUCGAAGGAAACACGCGGAACAGUGCUAUUAUCAUCCAGCGCCGAUGACGAGGACAAACAAUGCCCGAAUCUUGCCAUCACCCGCAGAGUCUUCGGUCACCUCGCCUAGUGCUGGGUCACGGGUAGUUCAGGGGUCUGGGCAAGGCACAUCUUCCUAUCGACCACAAAUAUGGACACCAGAUCAUGUCCAUGGCAGCACAGAAAGUCGACGUAUGGUCCAAGCACGGUCCGUGGUACGAGCCGAAACAGUACCACCGCCAGACCGGAUACAGGAGAUUCUAAGUGUGCCAUCUGCCGGCAUCUUGAUGGAUUCCGCAGCAGGUCGACCGGUCGGCUACCUAGGCGAAACCAGCUCUUCUGCAUUUGUCGCGGAGCUGAACCAAAAUCUGGGGAUCGACACGCCGGCGACCCUCAAUGAAUCCCAUACUGAACGACUGUCAGAUGAUCAUGUGGAGAAAGGGCUCAAGGUACUCAACUAUUUCAAGGACAUCAGUCUAAUUGAAUACUUCGCGCACAAAUGGCUGGGAAAGCUGGACAGCUUCUUGAUGUAUAGUCCGAUCUUUCGAAUCUGGUUCGAGGAGUCGAUUCCUGUAAUCCAAGACGCGCUGAAUGCAAAGACGCCCAUCACCCUUGCAGCGCAACUAUCGCGCAACACGCAACUUUCUCUGCCGUGCACGCGGACGACCCUCGUCCAAGAUUGGGCUCGUGCAGCGACCGGUCCUAACCUACGCUGGGAGACGAUGGGACUGAUCUUGACUCAAGUGGGCGUCAUCGCAUCCAUGUCGCCUGCCUGGGAGCCAAUCUUCACAGCCGGACAGUCGAGAAAAGAAAUGGUCCAGACAAUUUAUGAUCUUGCCGGCAUAUGCAUCGAACUGAGUCAGCGUUGUGGAAGCCGCAAUGAACUGCUCAUCUGUCUCCUCUACGAGAGACUGCUUAUUACGUCCAUCAUGCAAGGAGAUACCUCUAGUCAGGUCUGGACGAGCUUCAGCGAGGUCGCAGACACUGCUGUUCUCCAUGGUCUGCAUUUGGAAGUACCCGAGAAUGCAAACAUGCCAUUCUUCUUGCGAGAACUUAGGUCGCGAAUUUUCAAUGUAAUCUUCUCCAUGGACAAGCUACUUUCGACAUUUCUAGGACGCCCACCUCGGAUCAGCUACCGGUAUUCUGUGGUUCAGGAACCUCAUGAUCUGACCGAUGCCGAAAUCUGCUCAGAUCCUGACACUCUUCAAAGGAGACUGUCCGAAUUGAGUCUGUCAGGCGGAUGGUCUACUCGUGGUCCUGUCGCCAGAGCUACGUGGCGCAAAGCAAACACCAGCCGCCACAUCAUACGCGAGGAGAUACUGGAGAUUGUCAUCGGCCCUCAUAUCACAGAUAUCGAAUCCCGUCUCCAGUUCAUACGCGCUCGCGAGCAAGAAGCUCUUGCCAAGAUGCCAGAGUUCUGUCGCUUAGACCCAGAGCAACUGAUCGCCGAUAUCAAACGAAAUCCCACGAUCCAUAUUCCCGGAAGGGGAGUGCCCUGGCGACCGGUCGAUGUGGUAUGCUUCUGCUCAAUCCAUCUCGGCAUGCAACACGCCGCAUUCUUGCUGGAACGCGCUGCAUACAACAAGACCAAAUCGGAUCCUUCGAUGCUCAUUGCAACAGCCAGGUCCUUACUGUCGCUUGUGCUGAAAGCUUAUUCGCUCAGCGAUUUUCUGAAUGAGUUUCAGGUGGACCUGACAGAUAGUCUGGCAUUCUACGUCGUGCCUACAGCAGGUGUUCUGGCAUUGGAAAUGCUAAAGCGCGAGCAAUACUACCACGCCAACGAUGACUUCCCGCGAUCAGAAGUUCUGCAACAACUAAGUGUUCUGGUACCAAUACUGGAGGCCGUUCCAGCGGAUGAGGGCAACGGACCAAUCUGCGCAAUGGGAUUGCAUGCGAUCAAGAAAGUGCUUGACAGACUACUAUCGAGACCCUAUCAGAGACCGGCGACGAAUUUCGACGCGCAAACUGGUGGCGGUACGAACCAGUUCACCACAAAUAUGGACAAUGAUGCAGACUUUUUGCAGUGGCUUGGAAAUCUGGACUUCGAUACGAGUGAUUGGCAGUUGUCAUAA